UUGGUCCGCAGCCGUGACGCGCGCGGCGGGGCGGAAGUGGCGGUUCCGGCCAUGGACAGCAGUGAUGACAUUGAAGAUGUGUCUCUCUUUGAUGCAGAUGAUGAUGUUUCCAGGAGAUCCAAAAAGUCAAAAAUAAGGCACCCAGUGGCAUCAUUUUUCCACUUAUUCUUCCGAGUCAGUGCCAUCAUUGUGUACCUGCUCUGUGAGCUCUUAACCAGCAGCUUCAUUGCCUGCAUGGUGACCAUCAUCCUCCUCCUGUCCUGUGACUUUUGGGCUGUAAAGAAUGUCACAGGGCGCCUCAUGGUUGGCCUUCGUUGGUGGAACCAGGUGGAUGAUGAUGGCAGAAGUCACUGGGUUUUUGAAGCCAGGAAGGUGUCAGCACAAGGGGGUAAAACUUCAUCUGAAGCAGAGUCACGAAUUUUCUGGCUAGGCCUGAUCACCUGCCCCAUGAUCUGGGUGAUCUUUGCCUUCAGUGCUCUCUUCUCUUUCAAAGUGAAGUGGUUGGCAGUGGUGGUGAUGGGGGUCGUGCUGCAGGGAGCCAACCUCUAUGGCUACAUCAGGUGUAAAGUUGGCAGCAGGAAGAACCUGACCAGCAUGGCAACCAACUACCUGGGGAAGCAGUUCCUGCGGCAGACAAUGGCUACAGAGGACCAAGCAGCAUCCUGAGUGUGGUGGGAGCCUCUAGCCAGGCUGUAUUCCCAGCACUGACCAACAGAGAAGGUUGCUCUGACCAAUUUGGGAGCUGCACACAAGGUGUGAAUCAAAAGAAGUAAAUAAAUUGUGCAAGACUUGAAGUUAA